AUGUACUUCGUAUUUCUUUAUUAUUAUCACACAUUAUUUAUAUUUCAUAUCCUCCUUUAUUUUUUUUUAUCUAAAAUAAUCCCUCCCUCAUCAAGAUUAUACUUUCUUCAUCAAAAUUAUCAUAAUUAUUAUUCUGUAUACUAUGAAUCUAGCAACAAAUUCCAAACUAAUUAUAAUAAUUACCCUCUUACUUCAAUUAAUUUCCAAAUCAACUUCCAAUCCUACUUAUCUCUAUAGCAUUUGCUCAAACACCACUGAAUUUACCACAAAUAGUAAGUACCAUACCAACCUCAACACCCUCUUCAAAUCCCUCUCCUCCAACGCCACCAACAACCCCACCGGCUUCUACAUCACAUCUGCUGGCACCAACACAAGCGAUGUCGUCUACGGCCUAUUCCUCUGCCGCGGUGAUCAAAACAUCACCGCGUGCAGGGAUUGUGUCAAGACCGCAACCACAACAGGCCUACCAAAGACAUACUGUCCCAAUAGAAAAAUCGCGGUAAUAUGGUACGACGAGUGUACCGUAAGAUACUCUAACGAAUCGCUCCUUGGAAAAAUGGAGCAAUCACCUAAAGUGUUCUUAACCAACACUCAAAAUAUGACUGGAAAUCAAACCGCGUUUUCUGAUCUUUUAGGAAACACAAUGAGUAGUUUAUUAGAUCAGACUUCGAAUAGUAAGUCGGGUAAAAAAUAUGCAACAAAAGUGGCGAAAUUUAACAGCUUGAAGAAUCUCUAUGCAAUGGAGCAGUGUACUCCUGACUUGAGCGCCUCAGAUUGUAAUCAAUGCUUGACGAUUGCGAUCGGGUCGCUCGACGUUAAGAUGGGUGCUCGUGUUAUGCAGCCUAGUUGUUUUGUACGCUACGAGACUUACCCGUUUUAUAAUGGUGCCACUAAUUUCUCUACGCCACCGUUGCCGUCGCCGUCGCCGUCGCCGGGUACUAAACCUGUUGUUAGUAAUGGGAAGGGACAUAGAAAAUUAUCAGCCAGGAUCAUUGCCGCCAUUGUUGCUCCAGUUUCUGUUAUAUCAUUGAUAAUACUUGCUUUAGUAAUUUGUUUUAUUAGAAAGCGGUCUAAGAAAUACGGUGCUUUACCUCCACAAAAUGAAAAUGAAGAUUUCACAACUGCUGAUUCCUUGCAAUAUGAUCUAAGUUCACUUCAAUAUGCAACAGCGAAUUUUAACGAUGAAAAUAAGUUAGGUGAAGGUGGAUUCGGUGGUGUAUAUAAGGGUACUCUGUCAAAUGGACAAGAAAUAGCAGUGAAAAGGUUAUCGAGAGGUUCAGGGCAAGGCGUACAAGAAUUUAAGAACGAGGUUUUGUUGGUGGCCAAGCUUCAACAUAGAAAUUUAGUGAGGUUACUUGGAUUUUGCAUAGCAGGAGACGAAAAACUGCUUGUGUAUGAAUAUGUACCCAACAAAAGUCUUGACUACUUCCUUUUUGAUCCUGACAAACAAGCGUCAUUGGAUUGGGAAAGACGCUAUAAAAUCAUACAAGGGAUUGCUCGAGGAAUGCUUUAUCUCCAUCAAGAUUCUCGUCUUAGAAUCAUACAUCGUGAUCUAAAAGCAAGCAAUGUGUUGUUAGACGUGGAUAUGGUUCCUAAAAUUUCAGACUUUGGCAUGGCUCGGAUUUUCGGAGUAGACCAAACCCAAGGAAACACAAGCAGAGUUGUUGGAACUUAUGGCUACAUGUCUCCAGAGUAUGCAAUGCAAGGACAUUUUUCCGUGAAAUCAGAUGUAUACAGCUUUGGUGUACUAGUGUUGGAGAUUUUAAGUGGUAAAAGGAAUACUAGUUUCUACCAAUCAGGGGAGGCUCAGGACCUUUUAGGCUAUGCAUGGAAGCAGUGGAAUGAUGGGGCACCCUUGGAAUUUGUGGAUCCAAGUAUAAGGGAUUCGUGCUCGGUAAAUGAAGUCCUAAGAUGCAUACACCUUGGCUUGCUGUGUGUUCAAGAGUCUGUAGACGAUAGACCUACAAUGGCAACAGUAGUCCUCAUGUUAGAUAGUUACUCUGUCACUCUACCGGUACCACAAAACCCGGGUUUCUUUAUCAAAGAUAGGACAGGAUCAAACUUUGGCAACUCGGUAUGGUCAGAUCAAUCGACUAGCAAGUCUAUGCCUUGGUCUGUGAAUGACGUCUCUAUCUCUGAAAUGGAACCGAGAUAAAGGACGUGGAUCUAUGUGGGUGCCUGGGUGGCACGCACUAAAAUUACUUUAGAUUUUUUUAGUUCAAAAUUCGGCUAUAUUGAUGAUAUAAAAGGUUAUGUCUGUAUAAUUAUUCACCAAGUGCCCCUUCAUAAAUAGUAUCCUAAGGCCCUGUUUGGUAAUAGCGUUUGAGGUAGCGAUUAGCGUUUUGACCAGUCAAAACACUGCUAGUAAAAAAAUUAAUCUGCCUUUUUGGUAAUGUAAUAUUGUUUCCUGUUAAAUCAUGCUUGAUUAUACAUAUACUAUAAACGUGAAAUACAAAGAUUGUUUGUUUUAA